UGACUCCGCUCGCGUCGUUCCUGCAAAGUUAAAAACAGACUUUGUUUAUCUUGCAGGCCGUUUGGUGAAAUGCUCUCAAACUAGUUCACCCGCUUCCCUUUCCACCUCCCCCCGCUUCUGUCGCCUUCGUCGUUUUUUUUUUUAACUUGACACCCCAGCCGUGCACGCGGAGAAGAGGGAUAAACUCCUCCAUCUCGCGCCUUCACACAUUUUUCUAGCUCCUUUGACAUUUUCAUCAUUUCCCCCCCGCUUUAAGCUAAAGCACGAAAAAGAGGCACAGAGACUGCAGCGUUUUGCCCUCCAUCUCGUCGUAAAGCUUGCAAUAAUUUGUCCUGUAGGAUUUUAUUUUAUGUUUUUAUUUUAGGAAGAGGGGAGGAUCUUUUGCAGCUAAAGGCAGCUCGACGGGACGAGUGCACCGAGAGGGCUUUUUAAUCGAGCAGUUGGAAAGAGGGAGGGCGCCAUGGCGACCGACAUGGAAACCGCUCCUCAGGCCGACGGGAUGUUUGCUCCCAAUGAAACUCUGGCAGAGGCUAACCAUCCGUACAGCGACGACGAAGACUUGCUGAACGGGGCCGAGGUGAACGGCAACUGGACGCCCCAGGAAAAGGCACUCCACGAGGCUCGGCUGAAAGCUAAAGCCAAGCGUCGCCUGCGCAAAUCCUCGUCCCGCAACUCCGCCAGCGAGUCUUUGUCCGAAUCGGGAGAUUUGGCGGGAAGUGACCCGCACAGCCCGAAGGGCAAAGUCAACACUAAUGACCGCAAAUCCAGGACGGGCAAAGGCAGAGGCCUGCCAAAAAAAGGUGGGGCAGGUGGUAAAGGAGUUUGGGGAGCUGCUGGGAUGGUUUACGAAGAUGAGGAGCCUGACAUACACGACCCCAACUAUGAUGAAUCUGCCCAGGGGGACACGGUCUAUGAGACGGUUGUGCCUGAGAUAGAUGAGAAGGAACUAGAGAAAAUGGUCAACCCGAUAGUACAGGAGUACUUUGAGCAUGGAGACACAAAAGAGGUUCAGAUGCUGUUGAAGGGACUCAACUUGGGCCCAAACAAGUAUGAGUUCUCCUCUCUGGCUGUAUCCCUGUCCCUUGAAGGCAAAGCGAGCCACAGAGAACUGACCUCCCGCCUGCUGUCUGAUCUGUCGGGAAAGAUGCUGUCGCAAAGUGACAUGGCGCGAGCAUUUGACAAGAUGCUUAAAGAGCUCCCGGACCUCAUUCUGGACACACCAGAGGCUCCACAGAUGUUAGGCCAGUUUAUAGCCAGAGCCAUCGCAGAUCAUGUCCUCCCCAUGUCUUUCCUGGACUGUUACAAGGGUAAAGUGGACUGUGACCAUGCCAGAGUGGCUUUAGACCGCGCUGCAGUGCUGCUGUCCAUGAAGAGGGAGAUGGUUCGUCUGGACAACGUGUGGGGUGUUGGUGGGGGUCUGAGACCUGUGAAACAUCUCAUUAAAGAGAUGAAUCUUCUGCUCAAGGAGUACCUGAUAUCAGGUGACGUAUCUGAGGCAGAGCACUGUCUGCGGGACCUGGAAGUGCCUCAUUUCCACCAUGAGCUGGUCUACGAGGCUGUAGUGAUGGUCCUGGAGUCCAAAGGUGAUGCUGCCAGUCAUAUGAUGAUGAAGCUCCUGCAGUCCUUCUGGAAAACGGGCCUCAUCACUGUGGAUCAGAUGAACAGGGGUUUCCAGCGCGUCUAUGAUGAGCUCCCUGAAAUCAGUCUAGAUGUGCCACAUGCCCACUCUAUCAUGGAGGCCUUUGUGGACCUCUGCUACCAGGAGUCUGUCAUCACCAAACAGCUGAGAGAUGCCUGUCCCUCCAGAGGGCGAAAGCGUUUUGUAAGUGAAGGAGAUGGAGGGAUGAUCAAGAACUAAUCUGCAGGAGGAAGAGGGGCAGCAGCAGCAGCAGGAGGGGGAGGAGGAAGGGGUGUCUACUGGUUCUUACACCCUGUUUCUGCUCCAGCAUGUUUCCCUGAAACCGGACAUGCCUGCAGUCUAAUGUUUCCUUGUUCCUCUCCUGGUAAUGUUUAUAAUGUCAUCAAACCAGCGUUGACGUUUGGUGGAAGUAAACUGAAAAGAGCGGCCUGGGUUCAGUUCCCUUCAUCUUGUUCAUCACUCUUUUUUUUUUUUUUUUUUUUGACCAUUUUUGAAGAAUAUUCUGUAUCUUUAGGGGUUCAUGCGGCACUUUUGCCUCAGUCUUUGUACCUGUUUGUCAAGAAUAACACAAAUCAGAAGGGCAGGGGGACAGGCAGGGUUUUGUGGGAGAUUAAUUCGGUUUUAUUUGUCUCUUGCUUUAUUUCACCUGUUGCUGUGUCUUUUUGUUCAUGUAAUGUGCUAUAAAUGGAAAACAAAUGCACUCAAAGGACAGGAGCGUACCUUAUUUUCAGUGAGCAUUUAGUGAUUUAGCAGAGCAACAAGGAUUUAACUCUUUAUCUUCUAUUCUUAUUUUGAGGAUACUGUGUUUCAUACCUCUUGUUCAAGUGGUUCAUUGAUGGUUUAUGAAAGAUUUUUUUUUUUUUUUUUUUGGUUGAAUUUUGGUCUUUGAAGCCAAAUGUUUACUUUUGUAAAGCACCACUCACAGCAAGAGGUGUUUGGGCACUAUUUGGGUGUUUAUCUGAAGCUUGCGUCAGGGCAAAUACACUUCAGAAGCCAUUUCUGAAAAUGAGGAGACAUUGGGCGUUAAUGUGAUUUAAAAUUAAAUAAAUGAGCAAUAUUUUGAGCACUCUGCUUGCAGUUAACUCAUAUUUACAGCCACGUGGUCAGCAGGUGAUUCUGGGCAGGUAGCCUUUAUGUGCAAAGCUGCUCUAGUAAUUGUCUUUAAUGGAAUAUGAUUAAUGCAUGUGUAAAGACAACCCCAGCUUUUCUUGGAAGACGGUCAUUGAGACUUUUCUGCCCCUGUCUUACAGUUUUACAUGUUGACCAAAGUUAUAAUAAAUAUAUUUCAUUCAUUAAAAAAAUGCAACAAA